GGCCUCCUUAAAGUCCAGUGCUCUUAUUUGGGUUGAACCUGACCGUGAACUCAAUCAGUGUGGAGCGGAAAUCCGGACCCCGACCAAGUGGAUCCGCACGCCAGUGAUUUCUCACGGGUCCUACCGCGGACCGGCGCCACGCCUCCUCCUCCGCCGCUUAGAGCAGUCUGAGUCCAAAGAACAGAAUGAUUUUGAAGACAAUUGUAUUGUUGGCCACUGUCCUGGGAAUCAGUGGUUUCCCCAUUGAUGAUCCUGAGGAUGGAGGGAAGCACUGGAUUGUUAUUGUGGCAGGCUCAUCUGGCUGGGAUAACUACAGACACCAAGCUGACGCCUGCCAUGCAUACCAGAUUGUUCACCGAAAUGGGAUUCCUGAUGAACAGAUAAUUGUCAUGAUGUAUGAUGACAUUGCAAACAAUGAACAAAAUCCCACACAAGGUAUUAUCAUCAAUAGACCAAAUGGCACUGAUGUGUAUAAAGGGGUUCCAAAAGACUAUACAAAAGGGGAGGUCACCCCAGAAAACUUCCUUGCUGUGUUAAGAGGUGAUGCUGAAGCUGUGAAGAAUAAAGGAUCAGGGAAGGUUUUGAAUAGCGGUCCCAAGGAUCAUGUGUUCAUUUACUUCACUGAUCAUGGAGCUCCUGGACUCUUGGCUUUCCCUGAUGAUGAUCUUCAUGUAAAGGAUUUGAACAAGACCAUCCGUUAUAUGCACCAACAGAAAAAAUACAAAAAGAUGGUGUUCUACAUUGAAGCAUGUGAAUCUGGCUCAAUGAUGAACCACCUGCCUGAUGAUAUUGAUGUUUAUGCAACUACUGCUGCCAAUCCUGCUGAGUCUUCCUAUGCCUGUUACUAUGAUGAAGAGAGAAAUACUUACCUGGGUGAUUGGUAUAGUGUCAACUGGAUGGAAGAUUCAGAUGUGGAAGAUUUGACUAAAGAGACUCUGCAUAAGCAAUUUCAAUUAGUGAAAAAGCAUACCAAUACCAGCCAUGUCAUGCAGUAUGGAAACAAGACAAUCUCCCACAUGAAAGUGAUGCAGUUUCAGGGAAUAAAACACCAAGCCAGUUCUCCCAUCUCUCUGCCACCUGUGAAACACUAUGACCUCACUCCAAGCCCUGAUGUCCCCAUUGCAAUCCUGAAAAGGAAAUUAAUGGCCACUAAUGAUGCAAACGAAGCUAAGAAAAUUGUUGGUAACUUGCAGGCACAUCUACAGACUAGAACCGUUAUUCAGAAGGCUGUGCAGCAAAUUGUAUCUGUGGUGACUGCCUCCAGUGUUCAGACUGAGAAAAUGCUUUCUGAGAGAUGGCCACUCACAGCCCAUGAUUGCUACAAGGCAGCUGUGACUCAUUUCAGGACCCACUGUUUUAACUGGCACUCCGCCAUGUAUGAGUAUGCCCUUCGACAGUUAUAUGUGUUCGUCAAUCUUUGUGAAGGAGCUCAUCCAUUUGACAGAAUAAAGCUGGCCAUGGACAAAGUGUGCUUGGGCUCCUACUGAAGUCUGCCUUCCCAGUAAUGUCUAAGAACAGAUGUGAAGUUGGAAGACUGCAACUGCAUCCUUGUAGCAGGAGAGGGGCUGACAUGGUUGUACUCUUGUGAAUGCUGCUAAACCAUUCAGAAAGUCUGCAUGUGGGGGGCUGUUGCUCACUUCUCUCUGUUCCCUCACUCUUUCAGAUCUGAGUCAUUGCUGCAAAUGGUAUCUGUUUGGAUGGCCAAUGUCAUGGUUGAAAUAUUUCUGAACUUUACGUGUAACAUUUUCCAGUUUUGAAAACAGUAGCUUAACAAAGAAAGAAAUUCACUUGGUUCCCUUUAUGGUAACCUCAGUAGGCUUGACCUGUGUGGUGACAUUGCUGAAGUUCCACAAACUGUAAGAAUUGUACUUAGCGAAAUUGCAAACAUGUACUGGAAAGUUAUUUUGAUCAUGUUUCUCCAAGAUUAAUGUGUAUAUGCAUAAAAUAUGUAUGAGAUGAGUUCAGUGCCUCAAAAUAAAGAUUUACAAUUUGUUA